AUGUGUAUUUUAACAUUAGUAAAGGACGAUAUAAGAUCUGAUAUUUUAAAAUUGAUUCUUGAUUUUGUUAAAUCCGUGGUGAUAAAAGAUGAUAAAAAAGUAGUAUUUCCCGAAAUACGAUACGAAAAGAAAAUUUCGUUAGAGAGUAAAGACAAAAUUCAUAGGGAUAUGUUUUGCACCCUUUACGCUGUUAUUGAUAUUUUUGAUUGUUACAAAGAAUUAUUCAAUGAAGAUGAGGGUAAAGUAAGCGAAAAUGAAGAAUUCAUUUUCAAUUUGGCUAGCAAUAAAUAUAUCCUGAAACAGGUAGAUUUGAAACACAUGAAUGAUGUGUUAUGCGAAAAAUCUUAUCUUGUUUCAAAUAAACAUGCUUCUAUAGCAGAUAUAUUUUAUUUCUGCUGUUCUUAUAAACAGAUGAAUGAAAUGGCAGCAAAAGAAAGAGUUGAAUUAUCUUGUAUUCAUAGAUGGUUUUUGCAUAUUCAAGAAACCAUAAUAGGAAAUUUCACAACAUUGAAAAAAAUAGACGUGCGAGAAAAUUUAGAAUCUAUGUUACAUAGCAAAAAUAUAUUGGACACAAAUGAACGAAUGAACAAUUUUGGUAUAAAAGAGCGUAGGGAAGAUAAAAAGGCAAAAAUGGCAAAUGCAAAUUUUGAAUAUGCCAAUGCUAAAUAUGCAAGAGGCGAAGCCGCAAGAGAUGAAAGCGCAAAAUAUGAAUAUGCCAGUGCUAAAAAUGUAAGAGGUGAAAACGCAAUAGGUGAAAAUGAAAAAAAUAGUAAGCAAAAUAAAAAUGUUCAGAAAAAAAAGGAUGAGGACCCUAGAAGUUUAGAUGAUAUUACUAGGUUAAAUAUUGUGGUAGGUUAUGUAGAAGAAGUAGAAAUUCACCCAGACGCAGAUACGUUGUUUUGUUUAAGGAUAAAUGUGGGAGAAGAAAAAACUAGACAUAUUUGUAGUGGUUUAAGACAUAAAAAGAAUAUAGAAGAUUUAUUGAAUAAGUAUGUUUUAGUUUUAGCAAAUUUAAAAGAAAAGUCAUUGAGAGGCAAAAAAAGUCAUGGUAUGGUAUUAUGCGGAUCUUUUAAUGAUAAAAUAGAGUUACUUAAACCACCAUCUGGAGCAACCAUUGGGGAAAGAAUUAUUUGUGAAAAUAUGAACGUCAAUGAAUUACCCGAUAAAGCAUUAAGUUUUGAUAAGGAAAAAAAUCCUUUUUUUCAUAUUCAGCCACAUUUGCUAUUGAAGAACGGAAUAGCGUAUUAUAAAGAUGCUAAGUUGCUCUCAUCGAAAGGGGAAAUCACUUGCGUUUUAGAUCAGGGAACCAUUUCAUGA